GCCAUAUUUUCGGAGGCACAUGUUUAUUUAUAAAUUGGAUAUCUAUUGAAAAUCAAAUAUUUAAGUCGUUUUAAAACACAUAAAAAUGUCUGAUUUAUAUGCUGUUCCAAAUAAACUGCCCGGUAAACAAGUUUCAAUUCUUGCACAUCGGAAAAAAAGAAUCCUCCAUGAAAAAGGAGCGAUAAACCAAAAGCGUCUAAAUAGGAUUCGUGCCUUUAAAAAAAAGAAACGCAAUUUUCGUCGUGCGGAGUCUUUUAUUAUGUCUCAAAUUAAAGCUGAAAAAACUUCUAAAAGAAUGAAACAAGUGAUAAUACGAAAAAAUGUUUUAAAGGAGGAAAAGACAAACGAAAAACUAUUGCUUGUUGUAAGACAUUCUGGUAAAUAUAUACAUGAUGAAACUACAAACAAAGUACUUGCAACAUUAAGAUUAACCAAGAGGCAUCAUACAGUUUUAUUGAAGAAUACACAAGAAAACCAAGUAUUGCUUAAACUAGUUGAGCCAUUUGUAAUUUUCGGCUAUCCAAAUAUUUCUACACUUCGAGAAUUGAUUUUUAAAAAAGGGUUUGCCAUAAUUGACAAUAAAAAAUCUCCGAUUCAAUCUAACAUUGUUAUAGAACAAAAUUUAGGAAAGCAUGGUAUUAUAUGUUUAGAAGAUAUUAUACAUGAAUUAUUUACAGUAGGGGAAAAAUUUGAUGUUGUCAAUAGCUUUUUGUGCCCUUUUCUGUUGGGUUCACCUAGAGAUGGUUUCAAGAAAAAAGUCACCGUCAGCUUUUCUCGAGGAGGUGAAUAUGGAAAUAGAAAAGAAUUAGUUAAUGAUUUCGUGGCAAGGUGUUUGUAAAAAAUGUUAAAUGGCAUAUUGAUUUAAAUACAAAUUUUACUACAAAUAUACAUAUAUUUUUUAAAGAA